AUGGGCCAGCGGUUCAGCUCGAAGCGAAACAUGUCAUCACCUGCUCCAAAAGGAGACCCUAUGGAACUCAAAGUUCAGACGGUCAAUGGGGACGUGCAUCCAGUCUCCGUUGAGUCCGGAAACAGCCUCUUAGAGCUCUACGAGGCUGUUGCAAACGUCCUAGACGUCGAUCCGUGGACUCUGCGCCUCACUGCCGGUACCACGUUCUUGGAUGUGGCCACGGAUGGACCGAGUUUGGAAGAUUUGGGCAUCAAGGAGGAGACCGAACUCAUGGCUCUUCGCUGUAGGGGCUGUUUUCUAGAGAACCCUGGAGAGAGCCGCUACAACGCAGAUUACUGUUGCUCCGUGCUUCAAGUUCGACAAGCCGGGUGGAACACGAUUGAGGUCGAGUUCAGCGUUCGGUGCGAUGGAUCGCUGGGAAGGCUGCAGACGCCCAAUCACUCCAAGCUCAGCUUCAUUGAUACCACGGCCGGCAAAAAAAAGAGUCCUAAGAGGUUUGUUCGACCAGAGAGCGUGCGUUUGGAAGUCGACGAGGACGUUGAUGAUGGACCGUCCCACAAGAAGGGCAUCAUGACCUUCGAAGGGGUUCCGACAGAUGGUGUGGUCUGGUUCGUCUACGGGGUGUCAGGCUACGCUCCUUUGUCCAUGGACCUCAGCGUGGGUCGCGAAUGA